AUGUGGCAGUUAUUUUCGGGAUUAGUUGUAUGUGUAUUUGUGACUGUGCAGCUCGCUCAAGGAAACCAAACGUCAACAUUCGGGAGCAAGAUAUCCAGCUAUUCCCAAUACAACAACCCUGCUCAACGUCUGGGACCAAGCUGGCAAGGAUCACUACCGUCGUUGGUGUCGACACCUAAACGUUUGAUAGACGUUCAACAACCAUCAUCUAGAGAUGCACUCUCCGGACGUCCAAGCUGGCCUUACUCUAUACAGCAAGUGGAGACUAAAGCGGAUGUUUCAUUUCUGUACAUGAGCAAGAAAUCACCUGUCAAAGAUUGUGGGAUCCCAGUUCUAGGCCGGGUUCGCAGGAUUGUUGGCGGGACCCAAGCUGAGAGAUGUACGUUUCCUUGGAUGGUCUAUAUAUCACGUGACCCAGGCAAGGACGACCUGUGUGGCGGGACGUUGGUGUCUGACAGACACAUCAUCACGGCUGCCCACUGUUAUGACAAUCUGGGAACAAAUUGGCCUGUUUUGUAUAUAGGAGAGUACAACAGACAAGGCGGAAGUCCCAAAACCCGAUUUGUGUCGACAUCUUACAAACUAUCGGUGCAUCCACGCUACAGCAGACUAACGUUCAGUUAUGACAUUGCCAUCUUGACACUGAACAUCCCUAUCGCACUGGAGAGCUACGAGUGUUUGCGGCCAAUAUGUUUACCCGAUGAGCAGCAUGUGCUUCGUCUCGGGGACUCCUGUACUGUUGCAGGCUGGGGGUCUACGUCUAGAACAAGAAAUACGCCAGCUGUGUCCUCGCCAUUCCUGAUGAAAACCAAGAUACGCGUACUGAACGAGUCGUCUUGCAAGGCAAAGUUUGGGAACCUGUUUAACGGCCAUUCUCAGAUCUGUGCUGGCGAUCUCACGGGAAACAACGACUCGUGUGUGGGCGACUCUGGAGGACCCAUGAUGUGCAGCAUGACUGGUCCAAGCCUCGCCAGGUCCUCGCAAACAGACAUCCAGUAUCUCAUGGGCGUCAUCUCUUCAGGCGCUACACCAUGUGCCCAGGCUGGCACCCCUGCAUUAUACACGGACAUACAGAAAGUGCGAUCCUGGAUUCGGUCAGUGGUCAAGUUCUGA